UCCUCGGCGUUCAUGAACAAGAAAUUGCACCAUAGAGUUGAUAGAUAUUAACUUCCUAUAAUGAAUAUGGUGAAUGGAGAGAAGGGUAGCGAGCUACUACAGGCUCAAGCUCACAUAUGGAACCACAUAUUCAACUUCAUCAAUUCCAUGUGCUUGAAAUGCGCCAUUCAAUUAGGCAUCCCAGACACCAUCCAUCAAUAUGGCCAGCCCAUGACCCUCGAUGCCUUAGUCUCUGCACUGCAAAUUCCCCCCUCAAGAGCUCACGGCGUCGACCGCCUCAUGCACAUUCUCGUCCACUCCGGAUUUUUUGAGAAAAAGAAGCACACGCCGGACGGUCGAGAUGCCUACAUGCUCAACCGAGUGUCUGAGCUCCUCCUUAAGGACAACCCCUCGAGCGUUGCGCCGUUCGCACUGGCCAUGCUCGACCCUAUUCUGGUGGACCCUUGGCACCGCUUGAGCGCAUGGUUCCAUGACCGUGUCAACCCGACGCCAUUCGAAAUGGUGCAAGGGAUGUCGCAUUGGAGAUAUGCGGAAAACGAGCCGAGGCUCAACCGCUUUUUCAAUGAGGGCAUGGCUAGCGAUGCUCGAAUGGUGGGUAGCAUGGUGGUUAACCAGUGCAGAGGGGUGUUCGAUGGAAUAAGGUCAUUGGUCGAUGUCGGAGGGGGGACCGGAACAAUGGCCAACGCCAUAGCAAGCGCCUUUCCGAAUACUGAAUGCACAAAUUUUGACCUUCCACAUGUGGUAGCCGAUUUGGAGCUGAGUAAGAAUGUGAAAUGUGUUGCCGGGGACAUGUUUGAGGCAAUUCCCCCUGGGGAUGCAAUCCUGUUGAAGUGGAUUCUCCAUGACUGGAGCGACGAAGAUGCUGUGAAGAUACUAAAGCGAUGCAGCGAGGCCAUAACCAAGGGCAAGGGUGAGAAGAAGAAGGUGAUAAUAAUUGACAUGGUGGUAGAGAGCAGAGAUGGUGACAAGCAGAUGAACGAAACCCAACUCUUCUUCGACAUGUUGAUGAUGACCCUCGUCUCAGGAAGAGAGAGGAAUGAGACAGAAUGGGCUAAACUCUUUGUCGAUGCUGGCUUCGGGGAGUACAAAAUCACCCCAAUACUAGGCUUGCGAUCCCUCAUUGAGGUUUACCCCUCCUCAUGAACAAAUGUCAAUUGCCACUCCAUGUGGGUAGUGGUGAAUUAGGAUCGCAUAAAUAAGGCUUCUUUGGCCAUAUACUAUGGUAAUUCACGCGUGCAUCAUUAUGGAAUAAUAGAUAUGUAUUGUGA